UGACAGUUCAUUUCUUUCCUUACUUAAAAUUUUCAUCUGAAAACAGAGCAGUUCUUGUGAAAGCUUGAUUGUAGGUUACUGAUGGAUGAUCUGAGUCGGGUUGUUAGGCCCAAACCCGUACCCGUUUAGGACUGUGUUCUUUGGGCCUUAUGCCUCUAGGGCCACUACUGUACCAAAAAAAAAGACAAAAAGGGGGGAAACUGUAGAUUGUAAGCCGUACAGAAAAACGACGACGUUGCGUCAGUAUCUAGCAAUCAUCCAACGGCAACGGCUGCAUUAAACUCUUCCCGCCUUUUUAUUUUCCUUUUCCCUCUUCUCCCCAAUUCAGAGGCUCUCAAAACUCAAAACCUAAAUUCACUGAUUUUACUCAAUUCUCUCUCUCUGAAAUUCCAUAUUAAUUUUUCAACGUCUCCGGCGUCACCCAAGAUGCUGAAGACGACGACGUUUAAGGGAGCCAAUGUCUUCAUGUCGCGGAACCUGGUCCCGCCCGAGAUCUUCGACGCGCUUCACGACGCUCUCAAGCUCAAUGGAGCCAAUGUCUUCCUCUGUUGCGACCCCUCGCGAACCGGGCCGGACGACUACCACGUCAUCGCUUCCUCCGAUCACGAAAAGUUUGAGGAUCUUAGAGCCAAGGGCUGUAAUUUGCUAGGCCCUCAAUGCGUGUUUUCUUGUGCAAACCAGCACAGGGCUCUGCCUAAACAAGGGUUUACUUGUUGCCUUGCAAUGGAUGGUUUCAAAGUACUUGCCUCUGGUUUUGAGGGAGACGAAAAGGUUAAGAUAGAGAAGUUAGUAACAGCAAUGGGGGGAGUUUUGCAUGCUAAAGCAUCUUUGGAUGUUAACUUUGUUAUUGUGAAAAAUGUCUUGGCUGGAAAAUACAAGUGGGCCUUGAAUACAUUAAAGAAGCCGAUUGUCACUAUUAAUUGGUUAUCUCAGUGCUGGAAUGAGCAUCGUAAUGUUCCUCAAGACUCCUUUAGGGUUCUUCCUUUUUCUGGUUUGAUGAUCUCUGUAACCAGAAUUCCAGCAGAUGAGCGAAAGGAGAUUGAAAAGCUUAUCACAGAAAAUGGUGGAAAGUAUUCUGCUGAACUUACAAAGAAGUGCACGCAUUUAAUUUCUGAUGUUCCAGAAGGUGACAAAUACAAGGUUGCACAAAGAUGGGGCCACAUUCGUAUUGUAACUCGGAAAUGGUUUGAUCAAUCUAUUUCUAGAAGAGCUUGUCUUAAUGAGGACUCCUAUCCUGUUCAAGGUGGUUCUAUAUCUUCAAAUAAAAGUGUAAGGGGUUGCUUUACUUUGCAGAAUAGCCAAAGGAGCAGUAGUGGGAACUUGCAAUCUGUGCCACCAUCAGUGGUUGCAGAUUCGAAUUUGACAGCUGCUCCUUGUUCUGGGACCAUGGAUUCUGAUUUAGAAGCUACUGUCUCACAAAACAUGACCACUAUGUUUUCUCAUGCUCCUCAUGUUGUGAAAAAUGAGGAUAGUAAAGCACUUCCCUUGGAGUCCAAAAGUGAAGCUUACCUUGAUGGUUGCGUUGCUGAUGAUUCUCAGUCUGAAGACAAUGACCUGUACUUGUCAGAAUGUAGAAUAUCUCUUGUUGGCUUUAAGGCUUUUGAAAUGCGUAGGUUGGUUAAUAUGAUUCGCAGAGGUGGGGGUUCCCGAUUCAUGUCAUUCAAUGAUAAAUUGACACACAUAGUAGUUGGGACUCCUUCAGAAAUCCAAAAGAAAGAAGUGAGGGGUUUUGCUGCUUUAGGCGUAAUUCAUGUUGUUAGAACUAGCUGGCUUGAAGACUGUGAUCGUGAGAAAAAGGAGACCCCUGUUCUCCCAAAGCACAUUGCCUAUGAUCUAGUUCUGCCUGAAGGAGCACUGAUAGGUAUGACUAGCAUGAUUCAAGGUACAAUCUCGACUACUUUUUUCAGCAUACCUUCUGAUCAGUUACAUGGGAAUACGAGUGCUGCAACUGGAAUGGGAUCGUUGGAGAAAAAGAGAGAAAAGAAACCAGAAAUUAACAUGAAAGGUGACAAAUCCAUGGAAGCAGCUGUUGGACCAUCCAAAUGGAGUAAACUACCUGUCAUAAAUGGCAAAAGUAAGGUUCAGUUAAACAAUACAAUUGACGGUCGACUGACGAUGCAAUAUGAUUCAAGUGUUCAAAAUGGCAAGGAAUCAUCUGUCUUUAAGGGGAGAUUAUUUUGCUUUUCAAAUUCCUUUCCUGAAGAUAGGAGAGGUGAUAUCAUUCAAUGGGUAAAUCAAGGAGGAGGAGAUGUAAUAGAUGGUCAUUUAAAACAGAAAGUGCACUUCACUAUUGAGUGUCAUGGUGUGAUAACUAGUUCUGUGGAUGUUGCUCAAACUACAUACGUAUCAAGUCACUGGAUCCGGUCUUGUUUGGAGGACGGGUGCUUGCUGGAUGUUAGUAGUCACAUUCUAUAUGCUCCACUUCCCUGCCGGAUUCCUUUGCCUGGAUUUGAAAACUUUCGGUUUUGUGUUUCGCAAUAUGAAGAGAAAGACAGACUGUUACUAAGAAAUUUGUGUUUUGUACUUGGAGCUAAAUUUGGGGAAAAGCUGACAAAGAAGGUUACCCAUUUACUAUGCAAGUUUACCAAUGGACCAAAGUAUCAGGCUGCUUGUAUAAAGGGGAUACACCCAAUUACAGCUGAGUGGGUAUAUGAGUGUGUGAAGAAGAAUAAAGUCGUUGCUCUUGACCAAUUUUAUCCAAAAAGAGUCACUGCUGAAGAUCAAGAGGCAGGGCUGUGUACUAUGAGUCAGUAUCCUACACAAGCCGUUCAAAUGAUAUCUGCAGGCAAUUCAUCUGAGUGUCCAAGUCAAUCACAAGACCUGAGAACCUCAUCAGGAGAAAACAUUGGCAGUAGAAAUGACAGCCUCAGGGAAGAGGCCAGCGAACCAAGUUUUUGCAAUAAGAAGGCAAGGGUUUCAGAAGAUGAUGGCGAAAAGGUUUUACUUUCGUCUGGGGUACAGUUACGUAUUCCUGCCUGUACCACUGGAGACAGAAAAGUAAAAAGUUCUGGUGAAGUUUCUCAAGUGGUUCCUGAUGUAGCUUCUGCUAUUGAGGACUUGUUGGAGCAGACAAGUAAGAUUCACGAUCAGAAGUCACCAGGGAGGAGUUUGUGUGAUAGCAGUAUUUUUUCACCGGAUUGUUCGGCUCUUCGUCAAGACCACUCUGAUUCUCACUCCGUCAUUGGAUUAUCGAGACACUGGUUAAACAGGGCUGGGAAAAAGGAUGACAUCCACGAUCCUUCUGGAGAACAAAAGGCUGGCUUGUAUGAUGGCUUUAGUGAAACACAGACCGAGUCUCAGGUUGUAGGCUACGAGGAAGAUUUGUCAGGCCGGCAAAUGCUUAUAGACAGAGUACGAACACGUAGUAGCCUGGCUUGAAGUACUUGUGCAGUCCCCUCCUCAAGCAAGGGUGAAGGCUUCUUGGUAAAUCUCAUUUUCGAGACAUUUUUUUCAUUCUACAGCGUCAGCAACAGACCAAUUGCUUGUUUGAGAGUUUAUAAUUAAACCCUGUCUGCUACUUUGAGCAAAUGCGAGAGUAGCAAUUCUUGGCGGGCAGUGGUGCAAGUUUUCAAGAUGAUGCUUUGACAGCAAGCUGUAUCUAUUGUGCAUGCCUGCCUGGAUGUGUAACAUGCAAGUUGUAUAUACUGUCUAUACAGAUAGUUAUUGUUAAGCAGCACCUCAUGAUAAAAAUAUGGGGAAAAGAGUGCCCUUCUUUGUGGGGUCUAUUA